UCACAUAUUUCAUGUCGAUCUAUUCACCAAGUGCAACGGGGCUUAUCUUAUGUCAAUAAGUCUGCAUCAUGUGACAAAGGUAAAUAUUUUGUUACCUUAAAACUUGCCUAUUUCUGCGCGACAUGUAACUAAGCGUGAAAAGUACUGGCUUUGUAAACGUUCGGUUUAGUUUGGAUGGUAUACUAUAGAAGCCAUCUUGAUUUGCACAAAUUACCAGUAGGCCUAAAUUCUCGAAAAUUUCUUCUUGAGGCGAAGUUUAAACAUCAGAGGACAGCCAAUCGAGGAGGUGAACUUUCUUUCGGACUUCAAAUACAAAGAAAACCAGGAAGGUAUGACACGUCCAGGUCAGUCAGCAGUCGUAUAUGCUAUUUCAUCGUUGCUCGGACUCGACGCAUGGUCCUUCGCUCAGUUCUCUAGAGACCACGUUGGUGUGAAUGUUUUGACCCAGGAGAAGUCAUGUAUUCAUCAUUGGCAAGGGUUAGGCCAGGCCUGAGCAACCUGAGGCAGAUAUCUUUUCGUACGGAUUCUUCUUAUUUCCAGCAAUCGAAAUCAUUCAGCGUUCAGACCAAGGAAAGUGGUGAUGAUGAUUACACACACAUCAUCGUUGGAGCAGGGUCUGCAGGAUGUGUUCUUGCAAACCGUCUCUCUGCCCAACCUAGCAACAAAGUUCUACUUCUGGAAGCGGGACCGAAAGACAACUCGUGGCAGAUUCAGAUGCCCAUUGCCGCAACGCUCGCUAUCGGUGGCAAGACCCACAACUGGUAUUAUCACACAGUUCCGCAAAGGCACAUGGCCAACAGGGAGAUGUUCUGGCCGAGGGGCAAGGUCCUGGGUGGCUCUUCCUCCAUCAACGGUAUGGUCUACGUCAGAGGGCAUCCUGAGGAUUACGAAAAGUGGGAGCGAGAGGGCGCUACCGGAUGGUCUUACGCCGAUUGUUUGCCGUACUUCAAACGUUCCCAAUGCCACGAGCUCGGUGAAAAUGUCUACAGGGGCGGCAACGGCCCUCUCCAUGUCUCCACCAGCAAAUCCCAAAACCCUCUCUUCGAGGCAUUCAUUAACGCGGGCAAAGAAUGUGGAUAUCCAUACACAUCUGAUAUGAACGGACAUCAGCAGGAAGGUGUUGGGUGGAUAGAUCAGACAGUCCACAAAGGUCGCAGGUGGAACUGUUCGAAUGCAUAUCUUCGUUCGGGUGAUGUCCAACAAAGGAAGAAUCUGACAAUCUAUUCACAAUCACUAUGUGAUAGAGUUUUGUUUGAAGGAACAAAAGCGAUAGGUAUUGAGUUCACCUGUAAUAAAGUAAAGAAGGUUGCAAAAGCAUCGCAAGAUGUAAUUCUGUCAGGGGGAACAGUAAAUUCGCCGCAGUUGCUAAUGUUGUCUGGUGUGGGAAAUGCAGAUGACUUGAAAGCGCUCGGCAUCCCAGUGGUUGCACAUCUUCCCGGUGUAGGACAGAACCUCCAAGAUCACUUGCAGGUCUAUGUCCAAUAUACUUGUACGAAGCCCGUUUCCCUAUACAAGGCCAAGUGGAAACUUCCUUUUACUAUGUUGGCCGUCGGUCUUGAGUGGUUCAUGUUCCAGACAGGGCUAGGAACUUCGGCUCACCUCGAAGCAGGUGCUUUUAUAAGGAGUCGUGCUGAAGUAAAACAUCCCGAUAUCCAGAUGCACUUUGUGCCAGUAUUAGUUCAUGAUCAUGGGCAAAUACCGGGCGAAUGCCAUGGGUUCCAGGUUUGUGUCAACACAUUAAGAGGGACUAGCCGAGGAUUCAUUAAACUCAAGUCCCGCGAUCCUACAGAGUAUCCUAUGAUUGACCCCAACUACCUUGACACUGAGAUUGACCGCAGGGACCUACGACACAGUAUCAGACUCACUCGAGAGAUCGUUGCGCAGAAAGCCUUUGAUGAGUUCCGUGGAGAGGAAAUGGCACCGGGAUCCUCUGUCCAAACGGAUUCUGAGCUCGAUGCCUUCAUCAGCGCCAAAGCGGAAACUAUCUACCACCCAACCAGCACCUGCAAGAUGGGUUCUGAAGAGGAUCCUAUGGCCGUUGUUGACUGCACCACCCGGGUCAUUGGCCUGGAGAAUCUCAGAGUUGUUGAUGCGUCCAUUAUGCCGAGCAUCACCAGCGGAAAUACCAAUGCUCCAACCAUUAUGAUAGCAGAGAGAGCAGCUGAUAUGAUCCUUGGUAACAAACAACUUGAGAAAAUCAACGCACCUGUCUGGAGACCGGCCUCAUCAGAGACCCAAAGGGAUGGGGAACCCAAAGUUAAGCUGACAGCGUAAACAUAUUUCCUAAGAUUAUCGAAUACACACACAAUUAUCUCACCAAACACAUAUACAGUCGAGCCCGAAGUUUUAUAUACAUCUGGUAGCAAAUCAAUUUACAUUAUCACCUCACUAAUUUCUACCAACUUUUCACUUCAGAAGGAAUUUUGGUCUUUUUUUAAUUUAACAAUUAUAGACACCACACAUUAUCCUGAGACAUUUAUUAUAUGUGACUCUUGAUGUUACAGUUUGUGAUGAUCAGAUCAGCCCUACAAAUAAAUGCUUGAAGUUUGAUGUUUUCAUUGAUUCGAACAUGCCUAAAUCAUCGUCUAUCCAAAACAUGUUAAGCCAUUAGAUCCCAACUCCGCAACCUUUCGCAGAUCCGAAGAUCACGUAAUGCUACUGAAACCAUGGUUCAUUCCCUCAUCUCUUCCCGGUUAGACUUUUGCAAUUCUCUUUUGAUACACUGUCUUCCAGACCUAACCACAAGCUACAACGCCUCCAACAACUCAAAAACUCAGCGGCCAGACUUGUAGCGCUCACUAAAUGCACCACUCACAACCGGGGGAGGUUUGGAUGGAAGUGUGCUGCUGAAGCCUCGAAACCCCUACCUAUUUUGAAGGGUAAUUUUUUGCAGAUUUUUCUCGAAAUAUAGACCCAUUUUCCACAAUUUUGGAAAAACGGACCCAUGUUUUGUUAUAUUUUGGUAAAAUUUGGGACCCACGUUUAGGGAUUAUUAUGUGAAAAAGCGAGUUAGAGCGGCACAUCCCCGUUUGUCUUAAUAUGUGAGUAGCCCCAGCAUAUGUUUCAGGCACUGCACUGGCUUUCUGUCACCUUCAAAAGCAUUCUUCUCAUCUAUCACACAUUUCAUUGCACUGCACCCUCAUAGUACAUACACGACCUAGGCCACCUCUACGAAUCACCACGACGACUCCGCUCUGCUCACACCAAA